AUUUCAUUAAAUUGGGUGCUAUUUGGAUGACUGGUUUCCAGAUAACAGAUCCCAUACUUGUUCUUGUAGCUAUCAUCUUCCUCCCCUAAGGGGCCCCUCACUGAGGCUGGCAGCCCAGGGCACACGUUUUGUUUCUGCCCUACCCUAAAACUGACCCUGACACAACGGGUUAACUGUGGGACCUGGAAAUAUCCCAGUAAAAUCUCCUUUACGUCAGAUAUCAAUUGUUCAUAUCUCUCGCUCCAGGUGCAGAAUACAUUGCUCACAUUAUUGUGUCAGGAUUCCCACUUAUCCCAGUUCAAGCUCAAUGACAUCGAUAACUGGAAAUGUUAAUGAGAAAAAAAUCAUUAUGCAGAGAAGAGAGGGAACAUCCGAUAAAAGCCAGCUGACAGCAAAACAAGAGACAGAGGCAAGUUGAAAACUAUUGGAGUGAGUGUCCCACCACUUUUUUUCUGUCCGGUAGGCCUAUAAAACCAUAUAAGGUCUUUCAUAGUGAAAGAAGUGGGAUGAAUACAAAGCAUUAAAUGUAAAGACAGACAAAUUAAGUGUCCCAAGGGGAUGGAUCAACAUAUUGAUUGAGGAGGAUCUUCCCCUCCCAACUCACAAGGAGUAGGACCUCCCAGUUCUUCUCUCCUUCAGCAGCAUCCUGACACUGCCUUGUCUUACUCUGCAGCCACUGGAGACGGAGCAAUGCUUUUUGGAGCUUUAUCCUUUUAAUAAUAGCUUCUGAUUCUUCUGUUCAGAUCUGUGAAUCACUGGCAAGCACAACUCCUCCUCUUCUUUUAUUUACCCAGGGACUGACGGCACUGAAACCUGCAGCUCUGGAGCAUCAAGACCACGGAGGGAUGAACUGAGACUUGUGUGCUUCUGGCAAAGCUACACAUUUGCCCGUCUCAGAUUUUCUCUUUCCCAAAUGGAGCAAGGAUUUUGAGUCUUGCUUUAACUCCGCACCAUAAUGACUAGAUCAUCCCUACAUCAAACGGGGCAUGGUGCCGUUCUUAGCUGACUUUCUCAUAAAAGGAAAAGAUAAGACAAAUGACACAUGUAAAGUCACACUGAGCGGCACUGUUGGAAAAGAGCAACGCCAGAUGUAAGUUUUAAUCUAUGGAUGUUGUGCACAAAUGACUCCCAGCCUUAUACUGACAACCGACGUGAGCAGCUAUGAGAUCCAGGCUUUGGAAGAUGACAAAUUAGUUCACUAAACUGUUCUGAAAGGCUGAAACUGCAGAUAUAACAUGCUGCUUAAUAAUACUUCCACAAACGUAAUGGGGCCACUUGAUAACAUGCCAGAGUCUAUUUGGGGUAAUAACACUCUCAACGGCACUUCUACUGACUCGCCUGGAAUUGCCAUCUUUAUCUCUUUUGUAUACUCCUUAGUGUGUGUCAUAGGAUUAUGUGGAAAUACGGUGGUGAUCUAUGUUAUCUUGCGCUAUGCCAAAAUGAAAACUGCCACCAACAUCUACAUUCUGAAUCUUGCUAUUGCUGAUGAACUCCUUAUGCUCAGUGUCCCUUUUCUGGUGACUUCUACCCUUCUCCGUCAUUGGCCUUUCGGGUCUCUGCUGUGUAGGCUGGUCCUCAGCUUGGAUGCUAUGAACAUGUUCACCAGUGUCUACUGCCUUGCUGUGCUCAGUUUGGAUCGCUAUGUAGCUGUGGUACAUCCUAUCAGCUCUGCCCGAUACAGGCGGCCAAGUGUAGCCAAGAUGGUCAAUCUUGGAGUAUGGCUCUUUUCAAUCCUUAUUAUACUCCCCAUUGUAGUCUUCUCCAGCACUGCACCUAACAGCGAUGGCACUGUGGCUUGUAAUGUGUUAAUGCCUGAACCGUCACAACGCUGGGUGGUUGUAUUCGUGCUGUACACUUUUUUGAUGGGCUUUCUCCUACCAAUGGCUGCUAUAUGUCUCUGCUAUAUUCUAAUUAUCACAAAGAUGAGAGUAGUAGCCCUCAAGGCUGGUUGGCAACAGAGGCGUCGAUCCGAACGUAAACUCACACUUAUGGUGACUGUGGUGGUGACUGUUUUUGUGGUAUGUUGGAUGCCCUUUUAUGUGGUUCAGCUAGUGGGAGUUUUUGCAAGGAAAGGUGACACUACAGUUAGCCAGCUGUCAGUUGCACUUGGUUAUGCAAAUAGUUGUGCCAAUCCAUUCCUGUAUGGAUUUCUCUCAGACAAUUUUAAACGCUCUUUCCAGAAGGUGCUCUGCCUCAGCUGGAUGGAGAAUGCCAAUGAGGAACCGGUGGAUUAUUAUGCAACUGCUUUGAAAAGUAGAGCAUAUAGUGCUGAGGAGCUGCAGAAUGGCAUGUUGACCACGGGAGGUAUAUACAGCAAUGGCACUUGUACAUCUAGAACUCAUUAAUUCAUUUACCUGGACACUCAAGGACUGCUGUCUUCUUUUAAGUACAACACAAUGUACUGGCAAUGAUUUAGUAAUAAGGGCAACGUUUCCCUCAAUACAGUAACCAAUAACAGUUAUCAGCUACUAGCCUUCAAGGGUCAAAAUCUAGUCAUACACAGAGAUCCAAAUUUUGAUCAGUGGAUCCAUCUUAGUGGUUGGUCCAGGUAGGCUCAUAUGAACAUUUAUCCCUUGAGCCAACAACCAAAUUACAUAGAUAACCCACAAAGAGCUGAGUCAGUUGAGGGCUGAACUGCACCAAUGGCCCAGUGAGAUGCUUGGCUUGCAGAGUUUUGCCUCAGACUUUACUAAAUACUGAGCAGGUAGGAGUUCAUUUUGGUUCCUCACACCAGCCAAUAUGUCUCCAUAUAUAUAUAGGGAUCUAAAUGCUGUUAAUAAAUGUUUCUAAAUGUAGAAAAGUACAUUUUGUGCUGUAUUUAAUGAUCAGGACCAAUAUUGUAUACAUCUGUUUCACUUUUUCAGGCAAAUCCCCCAUUUGUACAUAAUGUACAGAAUGUAGCAGCAUAGGGUAAUUAUGUAUCAGUCUGUACAGCGCCUUAUUCUGGUGCCAGUAAUUCUGGUAUUCUGUAUAUUCGGGUAUUCAGUAUUCUGGUGCCUUGCCAAUAAUUUGGUCAGUGUAUGUAACAUAUGCACACAAUUCUCUCUUGGAUUCCGCUCCAUGACAUGCUAUGUGUAGUAUAAUUAACGGUAAAUGUUGUCAGUGGAUCAAAGUGUGCAUUAUUAUUUUGAGGUUAGGAGUCAAGUUAUAUCCCCAUGUAUUAAAUGCUUUUUAUAUGUUGCAGAGGGUAUACUGAAUAAAAUUAAUAUAUUUCUGUCUGUUCCCAAACUCUGUUCUCUGCUUUGGUUCAUUUACCGACAAUACAUUGGUGAUAGAGCAUUAUUUGAUAUGUUUAUAUAAUUGAUAAUGUUACUUUUUUCCAAAAUGAACAUAGAUUAUGAUGAACAUUGUAUUGAUGAAGAAUUGCAUUUCUCUGUCUUGUCUAAUAGAUCUAAGUCAACCACAGGGAACCUUCAGAGCUUUCUGGAGCCAAAUGAAUGCUUUCAUUAACAUAAGCCAUAGUUGAACAAGUGAAGUAAAGCACAGAAAGUCACUGCUAUGGGUUUCAUAGAAAAAUCACUUCUUUUUAUCCAGAUAUGUUUUUUGUUUUAUUAUCACAGACAUGGCAAACUGUCAUUCUUUUCUUUUGUGUGUGUGUUCCUUUACUCCCCCAACCCCACCCUGUUACACCCCUGGUCACACCUCCGAUCACCCUCCCAGCUUUGCCAAAUGCCACUUGUAUCUAAGUUCAUUUUCAGAGGGUUAAGGGCCUUUUCAAUUCUGGGGGUAACUUUAAUUCGGGUGUCAGAACAGAUGACAGAGCUAAAAAGGGGUGGCCAAAACCAGGUAGUAGACCGGGAGAGGAGUAAACCAAACUCUCAGGAGAGUUAAUAUGUCUGUUACCAUCAUAUACAAUUAUAUAUUUUAUCUUUUGCAGACAUUCUCCAAACAGAAUAUUUUUAGGUUUAUGGUGUGAUGAACAUUAUGUCCCGAUUAAGUAUAUUAAGUGCGUUUCCUUUCCCAAUGAUUUUCAGAAUCGAGCCGUCACCAUCUGUUUGGAUACUCUGCAAUGUGCUUUAUACCCAAAGUGUGUCUCCCAUGUCGAGUCCCUGUAUUUGUGUUUUG